AUGUACAGGAGACAAGUGAACAAAAUAACGCUGGUCUCCUGUUAUGAAAAUACAAAAUUAAAUUACAAAUUGUUAGCUAAUAAAUGUGAAUAUGGCGAAGUUAUUGCAAUAACGAACCCCUUUCCCCGUCCCCAACACCACCACCACAAACAUCCCCCUUCCCCGUCCCCAACACCACCACCACAAACAUCCCCCUUCCCCGUCCCCAACACCACCACCACAAACAUCCCCCUUCCCCGUCCCCAACACCACCACCACAACAUCCCCCUUCCCCGUCCCCACACACCACCACCACACUCCCCCUUCCCCGUCCCCAACACCACCACCACAAACAUCCCCCUUCCCCGUCCCCAACACCACCACCACAAACAUCCCCCUUCCCCGUCCCCAACACCACCACCACACUCCCCCUUCCCGUCCCCAACACCACCACCACAAACAUCCCCCUUCCCCGUCCCCAACACCACCACCACACAUCCCCCUUUCCCCGUCCCCAACACCACCACCACCACAAACAUCCCCCUUCCCCGUUCCUCCAACCCAAACCAACACGUGUUCUCUACCCACCCUGCUCCCAUUAAAAGAAAAAAUCCAAGGAUGAAAGCAAAAAUAUUACAUAAUUUGCUAUAA